UUCGCUCGAUAGUACACGAACGCUCAUGUAUAAGUCAGCUGCUCGUGUUCAUCGGUCCUCUCAGUCUAUACAGCUUUUUUAAAGUGCUGUUGGCGUUACAGGAGUAACAUAAACGCCAGGAUAUUGGUUUAGAGUCGUAGGGACUGUAAGGCAUGUCUGAAAAAGACAUGAACGAUUCAGUCCGAUUUGGUGAACCGGUUCACUAAAAAGAACCGGUUCAAAAGAACGAUUCGUUCGCAACACGGACAUCAACAGUUCACUUUCGUCCAUGUCACACGAGCAAUCACAACCACAUCAACAACACGGACUAUUACAGCCGAUCAAAUGUCACACAACAACAGUGAUGGAGUGAAGGGAUGCAUGAAUCAGACGAAUAACAGUGGAAACACUGAUUCAUCAUCAAGAGGAGAAUCCAAGCAAACACAGCUUAAUUCUGCAUGGGACACCAGCAAGCAAAGAUCUAGUGUGAAUGGAAGGGAAGGGGGACAAGAAAGAAGGCCUGCAGCUGGUGAGAAUGCAGAGAAAACGACCAGAGAUACCAAAUUCGCUGAGGUUCAAAACCCCAAACCAAACCAUAGUACAUCUGGAGAAGGCAGCUCAAACCAGCCCUCUCAAAGUGCAUCAAUGGACUCUUCAGAUGUUUCCUCAGUCGUUUCCAGUUUAGGAACAAGACCAAAGCCUUCGAUAGAGCUGGGGCCCACAUAUCCCAUCCGGAACCUCAAAACGAUGCAAGACUUCUACAAAGAGUUUGACCAGCCACUUCUGAAGAAAGAACAUACAAUACUGAUAGAUCUGAAAUAUUUCCAAAGUGGUGUAAUUGUUCCUCAUCAAGGGACUGAUGUUUGGGAUCACCACCAUGUGAAGUUCCCACAUCUGUAUCCACGGCCUCCAUCCCAUCACAAGUCCCACGCACAACCCUCUCGCUGGGAGGUCACCCGUCGGGCGUUGCUCAGUCUCACCAAAGGCAGUAACUCUAUUGGGGAUGUUCAGACUGCAAUUAUGUCUUACAAUUCCAGCAACAAGGACAAAUGGACAUUUGAUGCACUUUAUAAUUAUGGUCAGCGCUUGCAAACAAUGGACAAUAAUCUCCAUUUGCUGAUCCCAAAGAUGGCCAAACUAGCUCUUGAUUUACCUGAACUCAUUAAAAAGCCCAUCCCUCUCCUGCGACAGCAACAGAACCAGGCCAUAACGAUGUCUCAGCAGCAGAUUUCCUGUCUGUUAGCAAACGCCUUCUUCUGCACCUUUCCUCACAGGAACGACACUAAACCUGGUUCAGAAUACGCCAACUACCCCACCAUCAACUUCAGCAGUUUAUUUGCUAACGGGACAGACCCAACAAAAUCAGCCCUAAAGGCAGAGAAACUGAGGGCCAUAUUCCAUUACUUCAACACAGUGACAAAUGAUGAAGAACCAGCAAAACCAGAUGGACUGGUAACUUUUGAAAGGAUUAGCAUUCCACCAUCAAAGCUCCCUAAUUGGAACACACAGAAGAAGACUCUGACAAACCUUCACAUCUCUCCAGAAGGAUCCAUUGAGAAUGAGGGCACAGGGAUGCUGCAGGUGGACUUUGCCAGCAGAUUUAUUGGUGGUGGGGUGCUGGGAUCAGGAUUGGUUCAGGAGGAGAUCCUCUUCCUCAUGAGUCCAGAGCUCAUCGUGGCCAGACUCUUCACUGAGAAACUGGCUGAUAACGAGUGCCUCAAGAUCACAGGUCCUCAGAUGUACAGUCUUACUUCUGGCUACAGCAAAACCUUUUAUUGGGACUGUCCAUACAAUGAUCGCACAAAGCGGGAUAUCUGGAAGAGACGUUAUCGUCAGGUUGUUGCCAUCGAUGCACUUGACUUCAAGAACCCGAGGGACCAGUACACUAAAGACAACAUAAAACGAGAACUCAACAAGGCGUUUGUGGGAUUCCACGGAGACGUGAAAACAGCCAUCGCAACGGGCAACUGGGGCUGCGGCGCCUUUAAAGGAGAUCCUAAACUCAAAGCUCUCAUCCAGUUGAUGGCUGCUGCGGUGAACGGACGAGACAUGGCUUACUUCACCUUUGGCAAUAAAGAACUUGCAAAAGAAAUACAAACAAUGCAUGAGAUGCUGACCAUGAAAAAAGUGACCGUGGAUAAACUGUACAACUGGUUGAAAGAUUUCUCUGCAUACUAUGCUCGUGAACAUCACUUCCCAAAAGAUCUAUAUGGAUUCAUCAGUGAGAAGAUCGGUCAUAAGGCUAGUUUGUAAAUCUGCCUGGCUGCUCAGAGAUAUAUACUGUACAAGCUCACUUCAGAGGACAGUAGUCAAAAACUGUUCAGCAGUAAUAAAUAUGUAAAGCUGCUUUUGAA